AUGGAUUCGGGAACGGGAGAUUCAGGUCCCCGCUAUUUCGGCAUCUGGGAUUACGUCACCUUCGGCUUCAUGCUUUUGAUCUCGGCUGCCAUUGGCCUGUAUGCGGCGAUGACCGGAGGUCGUCAACGAACGAACGAGGAGUUUCUCCUCGGCAAUCGUCAGAUGAACAUCGUCCCCGUAGCGUUGUCGGUGGUCGUCAGCGUUCUCUCGGCGGUAUCGGUGAUCGGGACAGCAGCGGAGAUCUACAUGUAUGACACCAUGUAUGUCUGGGUGGUUUUUACCAAUGUGAUCGCGAAUUUCUUCCUGUGUCGACUCUUUCUGCCGAUAUUUUUCCGUCUUCGAAUCACGAGCGUCUACGAGUACCUGGAGAGGCGCUUCAAUCGAUGUGUCAGGCUAUGUGGGACACUAAUCUUUACUCUUCAAACGAUGAUUUUCAUGGGGAUAGCCAUGUACACACCAGCACUGGCAAUAAAUGCAGUAACUGGGAUGAACAUGUGGGCCUCCAUAUUAUCAACCGGAGGGGUGUGUAUAUUUUAUACCACAUUGGGAGGAAUGAAGGCGGUGUUGUGGACGGAUACCCUCCAGGCCAUCAUCAUCUUCGUCGGUGUGAUCGCCUUCAUCAUCAAGGGAUGCAUCGAUGUCGGCGGGCUCGGGGAAGUCUGGCGGAUCGCAGACGAAGGCAACCGACUUCGACUUUUUGACUUCAGAUUCGAUCCUCGUAUUCGGUAUACAGUCUGGUCGAUGCUAAUUGGUUUUGCUACCCUUAAUCUGGGAUCCGGUAUCACUCAAAUGAGCAUUCAACGAUUAUUAGCAUGUGGGACUAGAAGGAAAGCUGUGCGAGCAAUGGUCCUAGCGACCAUCAUCAAGGGAAUUAUCAAGGCAUUAACCGUUCUCACUGGGAUCGUCAUGUACGCUUACUACGUCGACUGUGAUCCACUUAAACAGGGCUUGGUCAGCAAUAAAGACCAGAUAAUGCCACUGAUGGUAAUGGAUUUGUUUGUUAAUUUGCCGGGAUUUCCCGGACUUUUCCUGUCGACAGUCGUCAGUGCUUCAUUAAGUACUUUAUCAUCAGGGAUCAACGCACUGUCUGCAGUCACGGCGGAGGAUGGCUCAGCCAUCAAGUCUAUAUGGCCAAAGUUACGACCAGAGACAUACGUUAAGAUCACCAAGGCUCUCGGUCUUUUCUACGGAUUGGUUAACAUUGGAUUCGCCUUUCUGGCAAGUGCUCUAAAGCAGGGCGUGCUUCAGCUUGUGAUGUCAAUUGUCGGAAUAGGGAAUGGAUGCAUGCUAGGUGUUUUUACUCUUGGUAUUUUCAUGCACCGGAGCAACACAAAGGGAGCUUUAGCUGGUUUGUUAUCUAGCUACCUUCUUUUAGCCUGGAUUAAGGUCGGUUCAAUUUUUUACCCUUCUGUGAGAGGACAAAACGCCCUUUCCGUUGAAGGCUGUCCAGUUCCCAAUAUCACCAUGACAACCGAUUCAAACUUUUACACGGAUGGAACAACUCUUGAUGCAACAACUACAGCGUCUUUUACUGAAGAGAAUGACAAACCAGCUCUUGCUGAAUUAUACGCCAUUUCGUUUUAUUUCUACCCUCCUAUCGGGGCAUUGACCUGUAUUAUUGUCGGUAUGUUGGUCAGUGCUCUAACAGGUUUCACCGAUCCUGAUUCGUACGAUCACCGUCUGAAGUACAACUUCACGGAUGCUCUCUUUCCUUGCUUCCCCGAGAGUCUCAAGGAAAAGAUGCGAUGUGGAGCCGAAAAGAUCUUGGAAGAUGAGCCUGAUGAUGAAGACGACGAAGUGAAAAUUGUUAAAAUCGAGAAGCAUCCCGAUUCUCUCGACAUGAAAGAGGUUUAUAUCAACGGAGGUGCGGAAGGUGUCUGGGAGAAAGAUUAA